AUGGCCAUUUUCCUGGCAUAUCAAGAUCCUGGCUUCCAUCUUCCUUUAUUUCUUCCAGCACUUUCAUUGACCAUACCGGCAACAAUUGGAAUUAUUCUGAAUGCAAGUGUUUGUUAUAUUACAUGGAAAUAUUGGGGCAAAUAUACAACAUUCAAAUCCAAAACAAGUAUUUUAUUAGCAAUUAACUCAUUUUUGGAAAUUGGUCACCAAAGUGGACAUUUUGUCUUUUUUUUUAUUACUUUGACUGGAAUAAAUUUUAUACCAGUCUCUUUGGCGAUUAAAAUUCAGGGGCAUUCUGUUGUUUGUGCUAAUAUUGUUAACAUAAUGUUUUUAACUAUGAGCGUUGAUAGAGUUAUCGCAGUUUCAUUUCCAAUUUUGUAUGUUUUUAAAAGGAAAUAA